AUGCGUAUGAAAUACGACCGUCUCCCUCAAGCCGACGGAGAAGACGGUGAGGAUCAGAGCCGGCCAAACAGGAUGGAGCGAACACGAACGAACGACAGUUUUGGCAUGAGCAACGUGUCGCCACAAGCCACUAAUGUAACCACUAUACCGACAAACCACGACAGUCUUGACGGUCUAAUCCCGAAUCGCGAUAAUGAGACCUCACCAUUACCCAACGACCACGAGACCACACCACAAAUCCAGUACCGCACCUACCGUCGCCGCUUCGUCGGUCUAGCCCAACUCGUCCUCCUGAACAUAGUAGUAAGCUGGGACUGGCUGACCUUCGCCGCCGUCUCCUCAACCAGCGCCACCUACUUCGGCGUCCCAGAAACCUCCAUAAAUUGGCUCUCCACCGGCUUCCUCUUCGCCUUCAUCGUCGUCUCCCCGCUUGUAAUCUACACCCUCCACACCGGCGGGCCCAGACGCAGUAUUCUAGUCGCCUCCACCCUCGUCCUCCUUGGGAAUUGGAUCCGGUAUGCUGGGACUCGAGACCUCAGACACGGACAUGGACGAUUCGGAGUCGUGAUGUUCGGCCAGAUCUUGAUAGGAUUUGCGCAGCCUUUUGUCCUGGCGGCACCGACAAGAUAUAGUAAUCUUUGGUUCUCUGAUACUGGGCGUGUGACUGCUACGGCUAUUGCGUCACUGGCGAAUCCCUUUGGGGCGGCAUUGGGGCAGCUUAUUGGACCGCUUUGGGUUGACCCUUCGAAAGUGGGUGCUGGAAUUCCGAACAUGGUGCUGUAUACUUCUAUUCUAUCGACUAUUGCUUGCUUACCGGCUCCGUUCAUCCCGGCUGGACCGCCCAGUCCGCCCUCCGCUUUCGCCGCCGAGGAGAAGCUGGAUCUUCGCGAAGCGCUUCGAGUCCUGCCCAAGAAUGUGUCAUUCUGGCUGCUAUUUGUGGCUUUCAGUAUCUACGUCGGCUUCUUCAACGCCUUCUCCAGCCUUAUUAACCAGACUUUCGAGCCCUACGGCUUUUCGGAGACUGAAGCAGGAAUAGCAGGCGGCUUGCUCAUAGUAGUCGGUCUGAUAGCCUCCGCUGUUGUGAGUCCGAUAGUAGACCGCACGAAAGCCUACCUCGCCACGAUAAAGAGUAUCGUGCCACUCAUCGCGGCUGGCUACUUAGUCCUGAUCUUCAUGCCUGGAACACGAAACGUAGUAGGGCCAUACAUCGUUUGCUCAAUAUUAGGCGCUACGUCAUUUUCUCUACUACCUUGUGCGCUGGAGUAUCUGGUUAUUGUCACGCAUCCUGUGAGCCCGGAGAUUACGAGUACAAUUUGUUGGACGGGUGGACAGCUGUUGGGAGCGGUGUUCAUCAUUAUCAUGGACGCUUUGAAGGGUGGAUGGAGUGGCCAGCCACAAGAGAGUCUGAUCCGAGGUCUCAUCUUCCAGGCUGUGGUUGCUUGGGUGGCUGUCCCCUUUGCGAUGUCGUUGGGUGUGGGACGGGGCAGGCUGGGGGCAACGCUACAUGGUAACGUGCACCGGAGUGAGACGACAUAA